AUCAAGCACCUCCUCGCCCUCCUCUACCUGGUGGUGAAAAGGCACCUCCCCGCCCCCCUCCUCCAGAGACAGAUGAUGAGGAUGAGACAAACAUGUUUAGCGAAGCUCCUUUGCCCAGCCAGCCAAUUAUGAUGGCUGCUCAUGGAUUGCAUCAAGAGGUUCGGCAGUGGUCUUCUAGGGACAAUGAUAUCAUCGCAGCAGCAAAGAAGAUGGCAUUGCUGAUGGCUCGUUUGUCUCAACUUGUUCGUGGAGAAGGUGGAACAAAGAAGGAUCUUAUAGCAUGUGCCAAGGCCAUUGCUGAAGCCUCAGAAGAGGUUACACGUUUAGCAAAGGAUCUUGCACGGGAAUGUACAGAUAAAAGAAUGAGGACGAAUCUGUUGCAAGUAUGUGAACGCAUACCAACCAUCGGAACACAACUAAAGAUCCUGUCAACAGUAAAGGCAACAAUGCUGGGUGCUCAAGAGAUCCUGAUAGGGUCCAGCUCUGAGGAGGAUCAGGAGGCAACAGAGAUGUUGGUUGGAAAUGCCCAAAACUUGAUGCAGUCUGUCAAGGAGACUGUUCGUGCUGCUGAAGCUGCAUCCAUCAAGAUUCGCACUGAUGCUGGCAUCAGGUUAAGAUGGGUUCGCAAACAACCCUGGUACCAAUAUUAAUAUUCAAACUAGAUUGUGUAACUCACAGCAAAGCAUCUAGUACUUUUUUGAGUAUAAAAGAUCAGCAUAUUCAUGCCUCUUCAGGUCUAAUUAUGUCUUUUAUGAUUUAAUUAGAAGUUUUCUGAAAUUGUUGUGAUGAGCCAAAUUCUAAUUGUAUUUCUAAUGUUUUCUUGAUUAACUAUUGCCAUUAUUUGAAGCCUAAUAUUUAUAAAAGUGAAUAUCUAUUAAGUUGAGCUAAAUAUAUUAUUAUAGACAUGAUAAGAACUGUCAGAUGAUGAGCUGACAGUGAAAAAGAUAUAUGCAUUUCAACAUAUCAUUAAAAAAAAAAUCUGAUUUAUUAAAACUAGCAAUAAAUUUGUUUUAUUGCAUAUGUUGCAUAAACUGCACAUGACUUGCAGCUGUGCACAUAAGAUUAUUUCCAUUACACAUUUGAGAAUAGUUCAUUUUGACUGUGCCAAAAAUAGUCUUCCUUUUGUGGUGAAGAUUACUGUCCAAAACACAAAAUGUUUUAGUUAGUUACUUGCAUUUAAGCUUUAUGAACAAAUGUCUCUUGUCUGAGAAAAGUGGACAUCAGUGAAAAUGAAUUUCCUUCCAUAUCAUAUAUAUUAUGUGAUGAGGGAAUUCAAUUUUUUUCAUGUGUCUGAAACAAUAAUUGGUGUACAUUGAUGUAUCCAUGAUAAAAUUUAUUUCAAAUUGGAUUCCUCAAUGUUGUGAGUAAUAAGAUUUUCUUGUCUUGAAAUGAGAUAUUAGGCAUACUUUUUUCCCUUUGUUUCACUAAGAAAGAAUAUUAACUGGAUUUAUUUACCAUGUUGCUUACCCUUUCUCAAAACUAACACUUUAAUCUAACUUGUGACUAAUGUUUAUUUAUUGGUGCUGGAACUGUAUUGUACUGUAAGAUUAAUCUGUCUGACAAAUUAAACAAAAGUACAGUUUGCACUUAUGACUGAAAUUAAGCUAAGAAACAAAUGAAUAAAGGUAUAUGUUCAGAAGAGCCUGUUGAAAUGUCCAAGUUUGUUGUAUUUGUAAUAAUUUUAGUGCCUUUAUGCUGUCAUUUUGAAGUAGUAAUUGGCUUUUCUAACUUCAAAUGCAAUUCAUACAUAGCAUUUAUGAAAAUGUUAGUUGCUACGCAAAUCCAUAGAAGUUAUUUUUAAUAUACAUGCAUACGUUAUGCUUUUGUAACAAGGAUAUCAGA